AUGAAAAGAGUUGGAAGAACUUGUUUCUCUGUUCUUCUUGUUCUUCCUAUCUUUGUGCUUUCCUUGCUUCCAUUGAAGAUUAGUUCCUCACCAAGAACACAAGCAGAGGCUCUUAUAAGAUGGAAGAACAGCUUGGUGUUGAGACCAUUUUCUCUCGAUUCAUGGUCCAACAACAACUUCAAUAAUCUUUGUAAUUGGACUAAUGUUGUCUGUGAUGGUUCCAAUGGAGAAGUCUCACAAAUAGACCUCUCCAACUUGGAACUCAAUGGAACAUUGGACAAGUUCAACUUCUCUCCAUUCCUUAACAUCACCGUCUUCAACCUCAACAACAACAAACUUGCUGGUUCGAUACCAACAGCCAUUGGUAAUCUCACCAAGCUCACUUUGUUGGACUUGAGUGACAAUCACAUUGAAGGGGAAAUUCCAGUGGAGAUAAGCCAAUUGUCAGAGCUUCAAUAUUUGAGUCUCUUCAACAAUUCUCUUGAGGGGCCAAUACCUUACCAGCUCACCAAUCUACAAAAGGUAUGGUACUUAUCACUUGGAGCAAAUUAUUUUGAGAAUUCAGAUUGGUCUAAGUUUUCAAGCAUGCCUUCCUUAACUUACCUUGAUAUUUUUUUGAAUAAGUUUAAUUCAACAUUCCCAAAUUUCAUAUCAAAGUGUAGGAACUUGACCUUUCUAGACAUGUCUCGAAAUAGUUGGAUUGGCUCAAUUCCAAACUCUGUGUUUUCCAAUCUCAUCAAACUCCAAUCUUUCAAUCUCACAGAUAACAAAUUUGUGGGACAUUUGUCAUCUAAUAUUUCGAAACUUUCUAAGCUCAAACACCUUCAUUUACAAUCUAAUUUUCUCAAAGGUAAUAUUCCUAGUGGAAUUAGUCUUUUGCAUGAUCUUGAGAUUCUUCAACUGGCUAACAAUUUCUUAAGUGGGAGUAUUCCUUCUUCUAUUGGCCAACUUAAAAAUCUAUUACAACUUAAAAUUUUGGAUCUUUCUUCUAACAAUCUCACGGGUCCAAUUCCAACUUCUAUGUGGAACCUUAAAAGCCUAAUCUUUUUUUCUGUAAGUACCAACCAACUAUCAGGAGCACUGCCAAUUAACAUAUCAAGGCUUGAGAAGUUGGAGGUGUUAUCUGCUUUUGCAAAUAAUUUCACUGGUUCGAUUCCCUUAGAUAUUGGAAACUUGAAAAACCUUAAAAGUCUGGUUCUUUCGAGGAACCAUUUCACAGGUCCUAUUCCAACUUCUCUAUGGAACCUCAAAAGCCUCACCCUUUUGCAACUUUUCAAAAACAAUUUGGUUGGAACCAUCCCACCCAAGAUUGGAAAUUUAAAGCUCUUGUCAAUUUUUGAUGUAAGCACCAACCAACUAUCAGGAGCCUUGCCAGUUAAUAUUUCAAGGCUGAGUAGCUUGACGAUUUUAUUUGCUUUUAAAAAUAAUUUCACUAGUUCAAUUCCUUUGGAGAUUGGAAACUUAAAGAAACUUAAAAGAUUGUUUCUUUAUGAGAACCAUCUCACAGGUCCUAUUCCAACUUCUUUAUGGAACCUUAAAAGCCUCACUAGUUUGAAACUUUUCAAAAACAAUUUGGUUGGAACCAUCCCAUCAAAGAUUGGAAAUCUAAAACUCCUAUCCACUUUUGAUGUAAGCACCAACCAACUAUCAGGAGCCCUACCAGUUGAUAUUUCAAGGCUAAGUAAGUUGGCAAACUUAAUGGUUUUUAAAAAUAAUUUCACUGGUUCAAUUCCUUUAGAGAUUGGAAAUUUGAAGAAACUUAAAAGAUUGGAUCUUUCUAAGAACCAUCUCACGGGUCCUAUUCCAACUUCUGUAUGGAACCUCAAAAACCUCAUCCGUGUGAGACUUUUCAGAAAUAGUUUGGUUGGAACUAUCCCACCAGAGAUUCAAAAUCUAAAACUCCUCUCAACUUUAGAUGUACACACCAACCAACUCUCAGGAGCCCUGUCAGUUGAUAUUUCAAGGCUAACUAACUUAAAGGAAUUAUUUGUUCAUAAUAAUAACUUCACUGGUUCAAUUCCUUCAGAGAUUGGAAACUUGAAGAAACUUAAAAGAUUGGAUCUUUCUCAGAAUUAUCUCACAGGUGCUAUUCCAACUUCUUUAUGGAACCUUAAAAAGCUCACCGGUUUGCGACUUUUCAGAAAUAGUUUGGUUGGAACCAUCCCACCAGAGAUUGGAAAUCUAAAACUUCUAUCAUCUUUUGAUGUAAGCAGUAACCAACUAUCAGGAGAGUUACCAAUAACCAUUUCCAGUCUUAGUAACUUGAAGACGUUCUCUGUUCUUAACAAUAAUUUCACAGGGACAAUCCCUAGAGACUUUGGGAAGAAGAGUCCUAAUUUGAGGUUUUUUAUGUUUGUAAACAACAAUUUCUUUGGAAAGUUGCCACCAGGUCUGUGUAACGGGUUCAAUCUAGAGUAUUUGGGUGUAAGCAAAAACAGAUUUACAGGACCAUUACCCGAGUGCCUGAGAAACUGCACCAAAUUAAAAAGAGUAAGGCUUGAUGGGAAUCGAUUCACAAGCAACAUCACCAAUGCUUUUGGAGUUCACCCACAUCUUGAUUCCAUUUUCUUAAACAACAACCAAUUCAUUGGCCAUAUAUCAAGUACGUGGGGACAAUGUCAGAAUCUCACCAGAUUGCAGAUGGGUCAAAAUAAAAUCUCUGGUAAGAUCCCUCCAGAACUCGGGAGUUUGACAAAGUUGAAAGUUUUGAGCCUAGAGUCGAACAAAUUGAAUGGGCCAAUUCCAACUCAAUUGGGAAAUCUUAAACUUUUGUACCAACUUAAUCUCAGUAAUAACCAUUUAACAGGGGCAAUCCCUCUGACUCUAUCAAACUUGAGUGGGCUAGUGGAUCUCGAUUUUUCGAGAAACAAUUUAGAAGCUUAA